UUCAAUAUGGCGUUUGCCUCUCACCCCUUAACAGCAGGCCUGCUUUAUGAUCUUUUGUCCAUCAUCUUGUCUUUUUUGCUUUGAAGGCUUAUGUCUUCUCUCACUUGUUGUUUUCCUCACUUCUAUGCUUUGCAGUUCGCUGUGGCGAAGUCAUUCUGCAGCCACUUAAAGGUGAAUUUCAGCUGACCCCUGUGAACUAUGUACUAUAAAUUUAAUGCCGUGACACAACGGCUCACUGGAGCAACUGCCAACGCGUACACCCCGCAAGGUCUGUGUCCAGCUGUCCCUCCUGUUAGUUCUCCAAUGAUCUUUGCGUCUCCUAUCAAGUUGGAGUCUGAAACAGAAAGCCAAGUGAAAUAUUUGAGAGCCAACAAAGUCCCUGACUUGCAGAGACUCUUCCAGCGGUCAAAUGGGGUCCCGGUCUACCUCAAGGGGGGUCUGAUAGACAAGCUGCUCUACAGGACCACCAUGGGAUUCACCAUUGGAGGGGCGCUUUACUGUCUCUUAACGCUCUACUUUGUUGCUCAGCCUGGGAACAAGUGAUUCCGCAUUAAUUGAUGCUUUCAAGGACACUUUGGGAUUAACAUUCAAGAUGUGUGGCGGCACAAUAAAAUCAUUAUAUUCAAAGAUGAAGUUUUAUUUUGUUCAAGAGUCGUUGUCAUCAUUAUUUAUUGCAUAUA